ACAACAUGUGACACCCUCCCGCUUUGAUCACGCGGUCAAUGACAUCAGCAGAAGCGUUACGAGCGCAGAUGUGUACUACACAUGUAACAUUACAAAUCGCUUCAUUCUCACCGUCAUACUGUGAGUGGACCUAGGUGAACCCGAGACCGUCCUCUUUUGAGCACUGUCCACCCUAAACCUUUGGAUAAAAUCGUUUUAGGAGCAGGGUGUUUCUAUUGACGCUAACAGUAGCUAGCUUAGCUAGCAUAGCAGGUGAACUUUUGCCAUCGCUUCUCAGUGAGUGGCCAUCAACUUUAACGUUAUCCAACUCGAGCGAACCAGGCAGUAAAGCUACUGUUACAUGUAAAGGUGGACUUUGAACUCUGCAAGGGGACGAUUUCAGUGUCGCUAACUGUCAAAGAGUUGCUAGUUGGUUGUGCUGGCUGAUUAGCCAGUCUGACUUCCUUGUUUCGUUCGAGGUCAUUCUGUAGCGUCCAUCUAGCCAGUUGUUGUCGGGAAGCUAACGGUCAUGAAGAGCCUUCCAUAUUUCUGCCGGGGAGAGGUCAUUCGAGGCUUCGGGAGAGGAAGCAAAGAACUGGGAAUUCCCACAGCCAACUUCCCUGACUCAGUAGUGGACAAUCUUCCUGCAGAUAUCGGCACAGGGAUCUACUAUGGCUGGGCCUGUGUUGGUAAUGGUGAUGUCUACAAGAUGGUGAUGAGCAUAGGCUGGAACCCUUACUACAAAAAUACCAAGAAGUCCAUGGAGACCCAUGUGAUUCAGACAUUCAAAGAGGACUUUUAUGGGGAGAUUCUCAGUGUUGUCAUGGUGGGCUAUAUCCGUCCGGAGAGAAGCUACAACUCACUUGAAGCGCUAAUUGCAGCCAUAAACAACGACAUUGAGGAGGCCAAGGUCAAGCUGGAGCUCCCAGAGCCCCUCAAACUGAAAGACGACAAUUUCUUCACCAGCACUCCCAGCUCGUCAUCAGCCCUGCCCCCCACCACCGCAUCCACAUCACAGACUAUUAUGAAUGGUCACUGACAGCUGGCUGUGACUGUAGCCCUUUCUGUGCACACACACACACACACACACACCGAAGAAACACAAUAGUUUCUAUAUACACACAGGUGUAUGCACUCGUUAAACUGCACAGCCUCAUUCUGAGAUAUCUAAGCUGUCGUCAUGGCUGCUCAUGAACAUAAUGAUAAACAACCAAUCUUUUUUCUUACUUUCUUUUACUUCCUCAAUGUGUCUCAGCUAUGGAAGUUCAUGUAUGGUUUUUUUGCAGUCAAUCACUUAUUGGAUGUUUAUUUGUAUACAUACACACCAGAUUGUCUCAUCUAAGAGCAUAACUGUGUAAAAGUCUCUUUCUUCUCACUGGUCCUGCUCUAUAUUUGGAAUCUUUUAGGUGAGAAGGUACCUAAAAAUACAGCUUUUGGGAUAAGGGUGACCAAAAAGUCAAAGCAAUUGUGUAUUAAUCUGUGUAUAAUGAAAGACACUAAUGGACCGUAAACUCAAAUCUGUGAACACCAUCUAGCCAAGGAUGAAAAUACGAUAUCUAUUGUGUUCUUUUCUGUUGACAUUUGUUACUGUGUCGGAUGGUUAGAGAAAAAGUCUUGACAAUAUUAUCUGUAACAAAAACACUGUUUUGCACUGUUAGAUGACUUUAUGCAACAAUGUGGCUAAAUGAAGGCAUCUGUAGGAAAAUGGGGAGAUUAAAUUAUAAAAUGAUGUUUAUUUAAUGGUAUUAAGUAUCCAUCUUUCUUAUUUUCCUCUUGAAACAAUUUAUUUCCCUUCAAGUGUGACACAGGGCCUCUACUGUUCAUCACUGCCCUAAAACAAAAAAGAAUGAUCCUAUUACAUUGUACUAAAAAUUAGAUUUAGGGUUUUUGAUGCAUUAUGCAGACAAAAAAUCUUAUUACUAGAAUUAUUUAAUAACCAGCACAAUGGUUUUGUCAAAUGAAAUGUGUACAAAAACAUGUUUUAAUGGAUAGGCUUUAAAAAAUGUUGAACCUUUUUUCACACACUGGGUUUGAUCGGUAAUCUUUUCACACUAGAUGUCGAUAGAAAGUUGUAGAUAAUCCGAGGAACGCAAAGGCUAAAUAAUCAAGCAAAUGGUUAUGUUCCUUUUGGUGUUUUUUCACUUAAGCUUGCCUGAAGCUCAUAUCUACUGUCUGCUACUCUGGGUUUGUUACAGAAGGUCUAACAUUGAUGGAUGAUAUGGGAUGAAGUAUAAGGUCCACAGUUCCUGUACCCUGCUCUGAUAUUUACAAAGGGCAACAGUCGUUGAAGUGUAUGAACUCAAAUGUAUACCAUAAAUAUGUGAAAGGAUGAUCAUGCAGAAAAACCUACAGAAAACGAAACAUUCUUGAUCUCUAUAUUUAGUUUAAUUUUUUUCUUUUAUUCUGCCUUUCAAAAAAUUUACAAAUAUAUUCGGACACCGUUGGAAACAGGGUUUCUUAGGUGUGUGUGUGUGUGUGUGUGUGUGCACGUGCACCUGUUCAGCUCUUACAUAGAAGAUGAUACAAAACCAAACAUAACUAUAAGUGUGUAAAAUUAUUUGAACUCCUGUAAAUAAUUGUUUUAAAUUAAUGAAAUAUACGAGUCUAGCUAUGUGAUUUUUGAUUUUAAGUCUGUAUUGUAUUUUAGUUAUUUAGGGAGUAAAAGAUAUGACUGCAAUUAAUAAAUGUUGACAUUUAUCAUGCAACAGUAACUAUGUUCAUCUCCCAAGAAGAGCUGUUUUUCCCGGUCCCUUUAUAUUUUCACUCUGGUAGUUUCUGUACAUUUCCUUUUAAUCGGCUUAGUUUCUUGACUGACGGGGAAAUGAAUGACAGAAUCAAUACUGGAAGCACUUCACUGUAAUCAUGUCGACAUAUUCACUGCUGUAUAAAGCUUUCUUUCAUGACGAAUGCUACAAUAUGAUCCAUUAUCUUCAUCCUCUAAAGCAUAAUGUACAGAAUAAAUUUCAGUGUAACUUUGAA